AUGAAAUUCACUACACUCGCUACUAUAGCAACUACAUUAUUAUUUGCUGCUAAUACAAAUGCCGACACAUGUAACCCAUUGAAAUCAAGCAAUUGUUCUCCAAAUCCUGCUUUGGGAUCAUCAUUUUUGGAAAAAUUUGACAAUGACUUGGGCCCUCAUUUCGAAAGUUUAAAAAAACAAGGUACUAUUGACACUGGCUCUAAUGGUUUAUCCUUGACUAUGAAAAAAAGAUUUGAUAAUCCUUCCUUUAAAUCGAAUUUCUACAUUAUGUUUGGUCGUGUCGAAGUUGUUUUAAAAGGUGCAGAAGGUAAAGGUAUAGUGUCGUCUUUUUACUUGCAAUCAGACGAUUUAGACGAAAUAGAUAUUGAAAUGUUUGGUGGUGACCCAUAUCAAUGGCAAUCGAAUUAUUUUAUCAAAGGUAAUACUGCUACUUACGAUCGUGGUGGGUAUCAUGAUAUUGCCAACCCAUUGAAAGACUAUCACACUUAUGUAAUUGAUUGGACUCAAGAUGCAGUUACUUGGUCGGUUGACGGUAAUGUUAUCAGAACCAUUCCAAAAGAUAAUGCACAAGGUUUCCCACAAUCACCAAUGGCCAUUUAUGCUGGUAUCUGGGCUGGUGGCGAUCCUUCUAAUCAACCAGGUACCAUUGACUGGGCUGGUGGAAUCACUGAUUACUCACAAGCUCCAUUUACUAUGGGUAUUAAGUCUGUUUUGGUUGCUGAUUAUUCGUCAGGUAAGCAAUACAGUUAUUCUGAUCAAUCAGGUUCUUGGAAAUCCAUCAAAGCCGAUGGUGGUGAAGUUAACGGAAGAUACGACCAAGCACAAGACGAUAUUAAGAAAUUAGAAAAUGGACAAUCUGUGGACUCUAACGAUAGCUCAUCGAGUUCAUCGAGUUCCUCAGAUUCAUCAAGCACAUCCUCAUCAUCUAGCACAUCAUCAUCCGCUUCUUCAUCCAGCUCAUCUUCAUCCUCAUACUCAUCCUCAUCCUCAUCCACCACCUCCACCUCCAGCUCUUCUUCAAGUGAAAAGUCUAAUUCUGUUCCAAGUGCUUCUGUGAUUGUAUUCAUUAAUACUGAAGGAGGUGAUAAGACUACCAUUACCAGUUCUUCCGGAGUUUCUGUUCCUGCAUCUGCAACUGUUUCUACUGCAGCUGGUACUACUAGUGGAUCUUCAAACUCAGCUCCAGCAACAACAGCUUCAAGUACUGCCUCCACUGUAUUUAUUUCAACUGGCGGAGCUGCUCCAUCUUCCUCUGCUUCAGAAACACCCUCUGUUCUGACCACUGAAAAUAAUGGGGCAGUUAGUGUUGCUAGAACUACCUCUCUUUUCGGGUUUAUUGCAUUGAUUGGUUUCUUAUUUGUUUAA